AUGAAUGAAACAAGCGAAGAUUCAGGAUUUGAACAAGAUUCAGAAAAUGACAUAAUUGUUGAAUCGGAAAUUCCAAAUUCAACACCCACAAACAAAGAAUUUCUAAGACAUCCUCAUCACGACUCUUUAGAAUGCAUAACCCCAUGUCUCCCACUUGCUCAAUCUGGCCACAGUCUCGAACCAGACAUGAUUUUUGGGUAAAUCUUAUUCAGGUGACGACCAAAUUCUCUCUUACAAAAUAGUCCAGUCCCGCUUUCUUUUAAUUUCGAUAAAAUCCCGACUAAAGAUGCAAUUUUUUAUGGAUUCAGACCUGAAGAUUCCUUAGAGCUCAACGAUACUUACUCUGGCCCAAAUUCUUAUAAUUUCCAUAUAAAGCCCACAAUUAGGCAAGCAUGAGCAGCCAUUAAUAAAGGAAAACCCAAACAAAAUAAACGGCCAUUUGAAGGUAUGAAAUCCGAACUUGACCCAAAUGAGCUUGAAUUUCAUUCAAAAUUUGAAGGAGGAAACCUUGAUAAAGUGAUAAAAGUCAAAGAAAAUGAAUACGAUUUGUAUAUAAGACCAGACUCGAAUACGUACGGGCAUAACCAAUGAUAUUAUUUUUUAAUCAAAAAUAGAUCUGACUCAAGAGAGAUCAAGCUAAAUAUCGUCAAUUUUUCUAAAAGAGACAGUUUAUAUGUACAAGGGAUGCAGCCAUGCAUUUUAAAAAAUAAUUCAACAAAAUGAACCAGAGGUGGCUAUAACAUCCAAUACACACAAAGCAAAUUAAAUAAGCUCUUUGUAAGAAAAUGCUAUUAUUCUUUAUCUUUUGAGUACAAUUUUUCAGAAAAUGAGGCCACGUAUUUUGCUUACUCAAUCCCAUACUCAUUUUCAAGGCUUUGCCAUUUUGUGUCUGAGUUGGAAAAACUUAGAUGUGUUAGGAAAGAAAUUUUAUGUAAAAGCUUAGGAGGAGUUGAAGUGCCUUAUUUGACUGUGACAGAUUUUGAGUCUGAUGAGAAAAAAGAAUUUAUUUUUGCUACAGCUAGAGCUCAUCCUGGGGAAACUCAUGGAUCAUGAGCGAUGGAAGGAUUUUUAAAAAUUCAUUACAAGCAAUAAUAUACAUAAAUUGGCCAGAGAUGACCUUAUGUAUACCGGGCGUGGUUUUUGAGCUGUGUUUAUGGACGAGCUAUAGUCAGUAGCUCCGAAGUGAGGGACGUGAGACUGGAAGCUGUUGUUUUUAGCCCUCACUCCAUGGACAGUUAAAUGCAACUUUUUUUAUCAGCAGCACCAGCCCAGUGGGAUGCCCGAAAUGAGGCAAGGUGAUAUGCUCCUAAGCUACUACUGUGGCUUGCCCCGAAUAGCGAUAGCUGUUAAGUUUUUAUAGGGAUGACUGAAAAAGAGAGAGGGCAAGCUAGGGAGUCCAUCCAAUUGAAAAUGGUUGCUCAAGCUACGAUCUGGCUAGGAGUGAUCGCAUGGUUGGAGUAAAACUUGACUGCGUCGAAGGGUUGGAAAUAAAGGCAGUCAGCAAAGUCAGUGAAUGGCCCAAGAUCUUCACCUCUAUCGAGAAGCCGGGGAUUUCGGCCCGUCUCGAGGCGCUACGCUCUGCCGCCCUGCAGGAUUUCACUGCAAAGGCGUGUGUACACUAAAAGCGGAAUUAAAGCAAGCUACUAAAUCUAAUCUAAUUCAUUACAAGCAACAAUAAGCAAGCUGUCGAUUUAAGAAAAAGAAUUACUUUUAAAAUCCUCCCAAUGAUAAAUAUAGAUGGUGUAAUCUUAGGCAAUACACGAUGCUCAUUAGCAGGAUCUGACUUAAACAGAGUAUUCAACAAUCCCAACCAAAAGCUUCACCCUACUAUUUUCCAUCUAAAAUCCCAAGUAUCGACUUUAGCGAAAAACAAAAAAAUGAUUUUUUAUUUUGAUUUUCAUUCCCACUCAAAGAAAAAAGGUGUUUUUAUGUAUGCUCCUCACUAUCCUCUCCACUCUGAUAAAUAUUGCAAACUCAAAGUCCUGCCAAAGCUUAUGAGUGAAUCCACAGAAAUAUUCAGGUAUUACUCUUGCAAAUUUAAAAACGACUGAAAUAAGCGAAAUGCCGCAAGGCUUGUUAUAUGAAAAGAGUUUCGGCUACCCUUUACAUAUACAAUGGAAAUUUCAGCAUUUGGGUAUAUAGAUGAAGAAAGAAAAACAAUCACAUUUAACGAAGAAAUUGUCCAAAAGGUCGGGAAAAAGUUAGGAAAAAGAAUAAUUGAGUUUAUUGAUAUGAGAGAUCAAGAAAUUAAAGAUAGAGAAGUCAGAAAACAAGAAAGACUUAAAAGAAAAGAAGUGGGGGAGGUGGAAGUAGAGUCUUCAGCGAGCUCUCCAGUCACAAAAAAUAAGCCAAGAAGCAUGAAAGAGUUUAUUAGCAGAAUUAAAGAAGAGCCAGAAAACGUUGAAGAUAGCUCUUCGUCGUCUGAUAGUAGUGAUGAUGAGCAAACAGAAAUUGAAAGAGACAAAACUGAAAAAAAAAUGAAUAAAAAUAUUUUAUACGUUUUUAAACAAUUUGAGUGCUGACUUGAGUCUCCAUUAAUCAACAAAAAAUUGGCCGGUUCUCCUUCUCGAGGAAGAAAAAAGGAAGCCCAAAAACCUCCGUUAUCAGCACUUUCCAAGUAUUUUUCAAGGCCGCCAAAAACAUCUUCAAAGCUAAAUAGGCAGUCCCCAGUCAUAAGAAAUGAAAGUGCUAUUCAGUACGACAGCUUAGAAGACAUUCACCGAAUAAAUAAAGAAGCAAAGCACCAGUCUCGAAUUAGAGACAUCGCAAAACUUUCAUAUUCAAGAGGUCUCCAAGCUUUUCGGUCAAGAGAAGAUUCUAAAAAUUCAUCGCUUUUUAAGAAACUUGAACAAAAAUCUAUGUGUAUUGUAAGCGUAUCGAAAAAGUCAAAAAGACUUAUUUUACGAGGUGAAAUGAAACAAUCUGAAUCCCAAGAAGACUCCCCUACAAACUCAUCUUCAAGUGACAUUGAGCGGCAAUCAGUUGUUAAAUCUCGCUACCCGAACCAAUUAACAUCUAUUUUUGGUAGACAAGUUCCUAACUUUUUUGCUAGAGGCAAGAGGCAGUUGUUAUUAUAA